CUGCUUCAUGUAGGUCGCAGUACGAUACAGUAUAAACUUGACAAGAGUUUUUUUGUGUCAAAAAGCAGUAUAAGUAACAAAAUAUUUAUUUAAACAUUUAACAUGCCAUCGGCAAACGAUGAGGAUCCUUAUGCACAUGUAGCAAAAGGACCCUUAAAGCUAAAAAGUGAUCAAUGUGUAAGCAAAAAGAAGAAAAAUAAAGAAGGUAAGAAGAAAAAAUUGGUGGAAGUGACAAAAGUUUUAGAGGAAGAAAAGAAUAAAACUGUGGAAGUUAAACGAACGAAAGCCGAAUUAGCUUUUCAAACGAUGCAAGAGAAAAUGCAAACUGAAAGAAUAAAACAAAAGGCCUCCAUGACACAUAAACAACGGGUAGAGGAAUUUAAUAGACAUUUGGAUAGUUUAACAGAACACUUUGAUAUACCCAAAGUCAGUUGGACAAAAUAAAUUGUUUGCAUGUU